UGUGGCGCGUCAUUGUUGUGCGUUGCCGUUGCCAUCGUAACCAACGCGCCGUCGCCGUCGCAGUCGUCGUUGCCGUCGUUCUCGUUGUCGUUGUCGUACAACUCGCCUAGUAGGCAGCUCAGUUACAAGACCAUUAUUUGAGGUAUUUUUUGUGCGCUCGCUUGUUCGUUUGGUUGGUUGGUUCGUUGGCUGGCUGGUUAGCUCCGCAACGCUCUCUGGCCAUAUCCAUAACACGCCCCAGCUCGCGUCUCAGUGGCAUAAACGGAAUUCGGAUUUGGAUCACAAGCAGCAGCAACUGUAGCAGCAGCAGCAGCAGCAGCAGCGACAACAGUAGCAAUAGCACCAUCAGCAGUUGCACUCAUUCGUCGUUUGUUGUCGUCGGGUAUCGGAAUCACCAUCAUCAACGACAAUCGCCACACACAAUUAAAAAGGAUCCCCCGCAACAACAAAAUACACAAACAAAAAAAACAACUUACGUCGCGAGUGUGAUCGAGCGCAGAAAGCAAUAUGUUAAUUAUUUGAAAUCAAUAUAUCGAUAGCAUAAAACGAUACAAAAAAAUAAUCAAGUGACUGUGAACUGUGACUGUGUGUGUGUGUGUGGUUUUGUUAAAUUUUCUCAUAGUACGUUUCGGUCGUUAGUCGCUGCAAAAUUGCUUCGUUUUGGUGGGGAAUAGUAUGCGAAUUUGUUCACAGUGGAUUCAACGCAUAAAAUGGCCGUUGGACCGACGGAGGGCAAACAACAGCCGCCCUCAGAGACCUUCUCGCCCACGACACACCAUCAGAUUAUAGCACCCAGUCCGAUAUUGGCGGUGCCAACGCUGGCCUUCUCCGCCGCCCAAGUGGAGAUCGUGUGCAAGACUCUCGAAGAUUCCGGUGACAUUGAGCGACUGGCCCGCUUCCUAUGGAGUCUGCCGGUGGCAUUGCCCAACAUGCACGAGAUCCUCAACUGUGAGGCAGUGCUUCGUGCCCGCGCUGUGGUUGCCUAUCACGUCGGAAACUUCAGGGAACUCUAUGCAAUAAUAGAAAAUCAUAAAUUUACUAAAGCAUCCUAUGGCAAACUACAGGCAAUGUGGCUCGAGGCCCACUACAUCGAAGCAGAGAAACUACGCGGACGAUCACUGGGGCCCGUUGACAAAUAUCGGGUACGCAAAAAGUUUCCGCUGCCGCCGACAAUCUGGGAUGGCGAACAGAAGACGCACUGUUUCAAGGAGCGGACGAGAAGUUUGCUGCGCGAAUGGUACCUACAGGAUCCCUAUCCGAAUCCAACUAAGAAACGUGAGCUGGCCAAGGCCACCGGCCUGAAUCCAACGCAAGUGGGCAACUGGUUCAAGAAUCGCCGGCAGCGCGAUCGUGCCGCUGCUGCCAAGAAUCGCAUCCAGCACAACCAGAACAACUCCGGCAUGGGCUGUCGCAGCCGUCGGGCGGACGGAGCCGCAUCGCCGACACCGUCGGACAGCUCGGACUCGGACAUCUCGCUGGGGACGCACUCGCCGGUGCCGAGCAGCCUGCAGCUGCAGCACAGUCCGGGGAGCAUGUCCAAUGGCGCAAAUGAGGAGAGUCUCAGUGUGGACGACGACAAGCCGCGUGAUCUGAGCAGUUCGCUGCCCUCGCCGACGCCACCGCAGUUGCCGUCGGCAUACGGCGGAGUUGGAGCACCAGCCGGAGCAGGAGCUGGAGCUGGCGCAUCGUCUGUACUCCCCGCUGGUUGUUUGCCGCCCUUCAAGCUGGAUGCCGCGAGCAGUCUCUUCAAUGCCGGCUGCUACCUGCAAAGCUUUAGCAACCUCAAGGAGAUGUCGCAGCAGUUCCCCAUCCAGCCGAUAGUUAUACGACCGCAUCCCCAAUUGCCGCAGCCGUUGGCCUUGAAUGGUGGCGCUGCCUCCGCCGCCGCCGCUGCUGCUGCGCAUCUGCAUCAUCCGGCCUAUGCGGCAGCCUACAGCGUUGAGUGUGGCGUCGUGGUGCCUCCACCGCUUCCACCGCCAAAGCUGCGCAUCAAUUCGCCCGAGAAACUCAACUCGACUGCGGUGGCUGCAGCGGUGGCAGCCGCAGUUGGCGCUGGACAUCAUGAGGGGAACUCAACGACAUCCACUACAAGCUAUCAUCAUAGUGGCCAGCUGCUGCAUCGUCCCUUCUCCACGUCGCCGGAGCUGAAGCACAGUGCUCCAGAGAUCACAUGAUAUCAGCAGCGGGUCUGAGCCCAAGGCCUUGCCCCCAGGGUUUCUCACUCCCCCAGCCCACCCUCAGUCCCCUCCUACUCAUCCCAAUUCUCCUGCAGCACUUUAUGCCCAGCUAUACAAAUUGUUUCAAUUCCUAGCCUAAGUUAACUGUAGUUAAGCAAAAAAAAAACAACCAGUUGGGAGUCCUUCGCCUCCCCCUCGCGCCACCAAGCAAUAACUCCAACUUCGAGCUCCAAUUCAAAUCGACAACAACUGCAAAUCCUAUGGAGAUAUAUUGACAUAUUGAUAACAUCGUCGCACACUUUUCAAAGAUAGUUAUUUAAGGAUAUUAACAAACGCAUAUGCGAAUCGAAUUGGCAAACUCCAUUUGAAAUUGAAAAUGAAAUUGAAAUUGUCAUUGACAUUGAAAGAGCAAAACUGAAAUUGAAAACGCAAUUUCAACGAGUUUCUCAUUCAACUUGUGUGUACGUAAUUGUAAAUAGAGUUUAAGUAUGCAAAUCAUAGAGCUUACGUAUACAUUUACUAUAGAAUGCAAUAAAAACACACGAAAUGAAAACAGUUAAGAAUUUAAAUCAUU